AUGAUGGUUGAGAAACAGACUCAGCAAAAGCCCAUUUCUACCGACAAAAGUUGUGGGGAGUCUGCCGUAUCGGUUAAACAGGAGCCCAAUAAAAAAAGCAAUGGAGUGGUGAAGGAUAAGGAAGAGUCCAAUGAUCUGAUCUCGCCAGUAGUCUGUAAGGAACCCGGAAUCGUUGCCAACAACGCUAACGGUGCGACUAGUAACUGUGAAAAAGGCAAUAAUAUAUCGAUGAAGCCCGUACCAAAUCUUCCACGUGAGGUAUUGCAGUACGCGCCGCUGCUUGUAGGAAAAUACUACAUACAAGAUAAGCGGGCUGUCUGUUCAGGUAUGUGGGGCAUGAGUGAUGCUGCUUUUGAACCCGACGGCGUUAUUAGUCCAUUUGAAAUGAAGUCGCAGGAAGACGUGUCUAUUCCUACGUGUUUCGGUAAUGCCAGCACCGUACACCCUUCUAUCUCGGGAUCGGAGCUUGCACGCUCGUCUAAGACGACGAAUUUUCCUGUUGAAGAGCAAUCGCCUGUGUUUUUAGGCUACGAGACGGAUGCGACUGAACGUUCGGCGAUGCCGUUCGAGGGAAAGUACAGUGGCUCCUUUCAAAUCCAGGCGAUUAAGGGUAAGCUACAGACUGUGGCAGAAAAAGACGUCGACAUUCGAUUCGCUCACGAUGUCACCACUCCGUCGCAGUUUGUGGUCACCGGCUCGGGCGAGAACCGCUUUGGUGUAUUCACUUUGCACGGCUUUUUAGACAAGAAGACGAAUGAAAUGAGGCUGUACAAAGUUUACCAACCGAAGGGGCCUAGUAAACGUACCUUGCCAAGACGUGCGAGGUCAGUGCGUGCAGCUACACCGGUAAUUAAGCAGGAAUCGAAGGCCCUUUCCGUCUCCGCACUUGGUGUUACGGCGACAACAGCGUCGGUAGACGUCACGAAAGAUGUUACUCCACAUGCUCGUCCUUCGAUUAUCGCGCCACGAAAUAAUAAUACUGCAGCGUCUGAUCAUUUGUCUCCUUCGUUGGUGCUUGGCCGUUCGGAGCGGAAACGUUCCAUUCCGGCUCAUCUUCGUGAAGACAAUAUCCUUGAAAUAGAACAAGCUCCGAUGAGUAUGAAGAAAUGUUUGAGUAUUCUCAAGGGCCUUAUGGCCAACCCAAAGUCGGCCCCCUUUCUGACUCCUGUGGAUCCUAUUGCUUUGGGUAUUCCGGACUAUUUUAACGUUAUCAAGGAGCCAAUGGAUCUUGGCACAAUCCGUAACCACUUAGAAAAUGGUUCCUAUGAUAGUCCAUUGGAUUUUGCAGAGCAUGUGCGAUUGACAUUUCGGAAUGCAAUGCUUUACAACGCAGCUCAUAGCCAAGUACACAUUUACGCUCGCAAGCUCGUGGACGAGUUUGAAAAAAGGUUCAAAAACAUAAACUUGAAGCUGUUUACUAAGGCUAAGUCCUCGGAUUUAAAGUCAAAGAAGGAGCGGAGCGCAGAUGGCUUUUUCUCUUCCAAGAAAACUAGAGGCGGAAAAGGCACAAAGGGCAAUACUAAGCGUCAGAGCCCCGGCGAAGAUACGGGCCUUAUCAUGUCUUUGAAAGAAGAUAUUGAGCGUCUUAAAGCGACUCUCGAGCAGCUGCAGCCAAGUAUGGCAAAGGCUGCUUACGUGAGGUCUGUCAAGGCUGCCAAACCAUUUAAGAUGGAUGAUUUGACUGAAGAGGAACUUAAUGAACCAAUGAGUCAGAUGGACAAAGCCCGAUUAAGCUCCGACAUCAAACUGCUCCCUCAAGACAAAAUCAAUCGUGUACUUCAGAUCAUUGCAGAAGCUAUUCCCGUAGCUAAGCUGGCUAACGAGAAUGACGAAGUAGAGCUAGAUAUCAAUGCGUUCGACACACGGUGUUUGCGUAUGCUGGAAGGAUACGUCAGGGAACACGGAAUUGGUCGCAAAAGGAAGCGACCAGCCAAAAAAGCAAAGAUGCUCCCCGCCGAAAAGCGACUUAAGUCAGCAAAAAUGGCGGCAGUAAAUAUUCGCCACCGAAAGGAAGAACUUAAGAAUCAGUUGGCCGCAAUCGAUUGUGUUGCACCUGAUGGAGCAAGAAAUGGGGAAAUCGGCGAUCGUCGGCCAAAUGAGGAUGUUACAAUGACAGACGUAGAUGCUGACACUAAAGCUGGUGCAACGAAUAAAGGAGGCGAAAGAUUUCCAGAUAGUUCAUCGAGCUCUUCUGAGUCUUCAGACUCGGACAGUGAUAGCGAUAGUGAAUCUGAUUCCGACGACGACGGCGGUGCUCCUCUCGAAAGGUCGCCUCCGCUUGCAAGUACCCCAAGUCUUUCACAGCUUGACACUUCUUUCUCUCAUCCCGUGGAUGCUGCCAAGAAAAUACGUGAUGAGCAGUUGUUAAGCACUGAGCCUCUACGAGUUGAGAACCGCGGGGCUUGGAGUAUGCUUGCGAAAAAAGAAACUUCUAACGGUACUUCGCUGAUUUUGUCGAAUGGCGAAAGUCAUUCAGCGAGCUCUUUAUGGUUUUCGGCACGUUCGAUGGAGCAGAUCAAGCAGCAGAAAAUUCAGCAGAAGGAGAAAGAACGAACUGAUGAACUGGAGGCUCAAAAACGUCGCGAAAUCGAACAGCGCGAGAAGGAGAAAGAGCGUGAGCUUGUAGAGCGACAGAAACAGGAGCAAGAGCUGGCCGAAAAAAUUGUUGAGGAGAAACGCCUUCGUGACGAACGUGCUCGUCAAGCAGAGCGUGCCCGAUUGGAGCAGCUCGCCAUGGUUAACGACAAACUGAUUCGUGACGACGAUGUGGAGCUCCAUGACGUCACAUUGAGCGAAGAUCUUGAUGCUUUCAGCUCGUCCUCGUUUUUGUAA